AUGGCCUUCCAAGCCUGGGCCUUCUUCAUCUUCAUCUCUUCCAUCGUGGCACUGAACCACCGCUUCGGCAAAACCUGGGACGACGAAAAACACGAGACCGAGCGCCGACGUGCUCGCACCAGGGCACGACUGGCAAGGCAGAAGCGUGAGGAGGCGGAAGCGCAUGAAGCGGCACGUAAGAAGCGCAAGGAGGCGAGGGCUAAGAGGGCCCAGGAGCAGGAGAGGUUGGCUGAGAUUAGGGCUGACAAAAGGCGAUGGAUUUAUGGGCAGCACUCGGUGGUUUAG